CAGGAGAGUUGUUCUACCCUGCAAAGAAAAGCAAGAGGGCUGAGCACACAUAAUGGAGAACCAGCAGGAAGCGAUUGCAAGGUUCUCCAGCUGCCGAGGUGUGUCCUUUGAGAUCACACCACCUAGGAAUAGCCCCUUCUCCACCAACCCGCCGGUGGAUAACACCGACGGCCGGUCGGCAUGGCUUCCGACUAAGUUCACCUCCACCUCUAGCCAGGUGUUUCCCUUCGGAAGCGCCGUUGCCCGCUCCUUGAGCCGACCCAGCAGCCACUUCUGUGACGUGGAAGCUGAUCAACUCGUAGACGACGAAGGCGAUCAUGAGCAGGCUGUCAUCGUCGAUUUAGAGAAUCCGGCGAAUAUUGCCGAAGACAAACCGCUCGCAGUGACUGUUGCUGGAGCGAAGCAAACGAAUGCAGCAACCCGGAAAGCCUCGUCGUCAAGGCUCUCAGUUAUACUGCUCGACCAAGGCUUGUUCACAGUCUACAAGCGCCUCUUCGUCGUCUCUUUGACGAUCAAUCUCGUCAUGUUAAUACUGGCGGCCACCGGAAACUUUCCUUACGCGAGAAACCGCGCCGCCCUCUUCUCAGUCGCCAACAUCUUCGCCCUAACGCUCUGCCGAAGCGAAGCAUUCUUGAGAAUCGUUUUCUGGCUGGCGGUGAAGUUGUUGGGGAGGCCGUGGGUUCCCCUGAGCCUGAAAACCGCGACCACUUCCCUUCUGCAAUCCCUCGGAGGUAUACACAGCAGUUGCGGCGUCGCUUCUAUCGCCUGGCUCGUCUAUGCUCUCGUUCUUUCUCUCAAAGAUCGAAGCAACACAUCUUCGGCUACUCUCGGAGUGGCCUUCACCAUACUUGUUCUCUUGUUUCUCUCCGCUCUCGUCUGGGCCUUCGUCUUUCUUACUGUCUCCUACCAGCUAUCUUCCAAUUCGUACUCUUUUAAUUCUUCCAAGCUGAUCAAGACCCAGGAGUUCUGGUUCACCCUCGCCAUAACCGUGCUUAUCAUCCUUCCAUGGCUCACUGUGAAACGAGUGGCGGUGAGGGUCCAUGCACCGACGAACCAUGCAAGCAUCGUCAAGUUCCCCGGCGGCAUGAAGGCCGGAAUCCUUGGCCGGAUAGCUCGGUCGCCGCUCUCCGAUUGGCAUGCCUUCGGAAUCAUAUCCGACGGGAAGAAAGAGCACAUGAUGCUGGCUGGUGCGGUUGGGGACUUCACCAGGGGCCUGGUCUCGAACCCACCGAGCCAACUCUGGGUUCGCGGGGUGCACUUCGCUGGCCUGCCCUACCUUGUGAACAUGUACAACAGGGUGCUCCUAGUGGCCACAGGGUCGGGUCUCUGCGUGUUUCUCUCCUUCCUUCUUCAGCGGAGCCAGGCUGAUGUUUACUUGGUGUGGGUAGCCAAAGGGAUGGAGCAGAACUUUGGAGAGGAGAUCAUGUCCAUGGUGAACUCAUACCCUAAAGAGAAGAUGAUCAUCCACGACACCGCGGUUCUCGGUCGGCCGAACGUCGCCGAGUUGGUGCUGAAAGCAGCCGAGAAAUGGAGCCCGGAGGUUGUGAUCGUGACAAGCAACCCAGAAGGCAGCAGGGACGUGGUAAACACAUGCAAGAAUGCAGGAGUUCCGGCGUUUGGUCCAAUUUGGGACUCUUAAUCCAC